AUGAAUGUUGAUCAUUACGAAAUUCUGGAGGUGGCCAAAACAGCCUCCGACGCAGAGAUCAAGAAGUCGUUUCGGCGGCUGGCGUUGAAGUACCAUCCGGACAAGAACAAGGACACCAAUGCGGAGGACAAGUUCAAGCAGAUAAACGAUAGUUAUACAGUGUUGAUGGACCCCCAAAGAAGGGCCGAGUUCGACCGCACGUACGUGCCACGAACUUCGCACAAGCAGUCGUUCACGCCGAACGCGGCCAAGAAGCCGUCUGCGUACGAAGAAUACGAAAGAGCACGUCGUCAGUACGAGGAGUUCAAGAGACGUCAAGAGCAGGAAAAAAAGGCGAGAGAAGAGGCCCGGCAGAAACAGGCCGCCGACUGGGGAGACAAAUGGUCCUCGUCCGACAGUUUCUACCAUUACAGCAGGUACACGCGAACAAGUCCUGUGUUUGAGCCGGAGUUUGAGCCGAGCUCGCGAACAAAGACUCCGUACUCGUUUGCGUCUGGCGAGAAAACGUACACGGGCCCAACGCCAAACGUGAAGACAGAAAAGCCCCGCAAAUGGACGAGCCAGACCCAGGACACCCGCACCAGCGCAGAUUUCGCAGAAAUGCUCAGAGAGUUUAAUAUUCCGCAGUUUAAUUUCUCUGCUCCCAAACCGUCGCCGUCAGAAACCCGCUUCGCCAGCCACGGCACGCCCGACGACCCGAUAAUACUCGACACCGGAACCCAGGACGAUCCCAUUGUAGUGGACGACCAGCCGUCCCGGUCCAAAAGCCCGAAGAAACCCAAACAGCGGUUUUGGAAGCCGGCUCCAGAUACCCGGUUCAAAAACCGCACCACCUUGGAAGAGCAGGGCGAGAACCAGCAAUCGACAGCCCACAAGGCUAAUGUCGAGGACGUGGAGGACAGUUUCCGUAUCCACGUGGAAAACGUUCCUCCAUUCACCCAAACUACAGGCAAUUUCGACAUGUCGGAAAUGGGCGAGAGUCUUGGCGUGGAAACGGAGAUGAACGUGGAUCGCGAGGACGAGCACGUUGAGCCGGUCGUGGAGCCGUUGCUUUCGCUCGCCGAUCUCCGUUGCAACCAGGACGAACUGGCCCAUAUUUCGCCGCCUGUUGUGCCCCAAUUCCACCUCACAACCCAGGACCAUCUCAGAGCCCAGAUGGCAGAUUACAUGGUGCAGGCGUUCAAUUACCAGCACCUGGUUGCAAGAUACACUCAGACGCGGCAGGAGGCCAAUGCGCAGCACAUUGGCCAGAUUACAGCCAACCCAGCCAACAUGAACGUUUAUAGACAGAGUCUGGAGUACGACCGACUUUUGAACACUGCCCACACGCAGUUUCUGGAAACGUACCGGUCUGUGCUCGACCAGUACGAGCUCGAACUGUCCAAGUACGUCUGA